AUUCUGAAUCAGGUUCCGGUACCAACAACACCGACAAGCUACGGCGUACGGAAAUGUAACAGAGGCACGCAAAGGAUCGAACGCUGGAGCACUUCCCCUGAGCCUCACGGCCCGGGGACACAAAACAUUUCCCGCUCCAUUUUAAAAUCCUCGCCUUUUUCACGCCUUAACUUCCAUACCAACACAUAGAACAGAACCCGAAACAAGAGCAAUAUGCCACGACGCCCGGUCCGGGGAACCAUCUGCUUUCUCGCCAUCUCGUUGCUCCUGUGCACAGACGCCGGCCGGCCCUCCUACGCGCUCCAGCUGCUUGGCGACGACGAGGACGCCGACGGCGGCGACGGCUCGACGUCCUUCUCCUUCUCCUCCCCUCAGACGACGCCUGGCGGUCUGGCGUUCGGGUUCUACGACGGGACGUGCCCCGGCGCCGAGGAGACCGUGGCGUCCACCGUGCGGGAGCUCUACGCCGCGGACUCCAACGUCGCCGCCGCGCUCGUCCGCCUCUUCUUCCACGACUGCUUCGUCCACGGCUGCGACGCCUCGGUGCUCCUGGGCCGCGCCAAUGGCGCCACCAAGUCGGAGAGGGACGCCGCGCCGAACCGCUCGCUGCGAGGCUUCGGCGCCGUGGACAAGAUCAAGGCGAGGCUGGAGAAGGAGUGCCCGGAGACGGUCUCCUGCGCCGACAUCCUGGCCCUCGCCGCGCGGGACAGCCUCGUGCUUGUGGGCGGGCCGAGCUACCCCGUGCUCACCGGCCGCCGGGACAGCGCCGGGAGCUUCUACCGCGACGUGAACGUCCCGCCCCCCAACGCCACCUACGCGAUGACGCUCGAUUCCUUCGCGCGCCACGGCUUCACCGAGCGCGAGACCGUCGCUCUCCUAGGAGCACAUAGCAUCGGGAAGGUGCAGUGCCGGUUCUUCAGGGACAGGAUCUACAACUUCGCCGGGACCGGCGAGCCGGACGAUUCCAUCGACAGGGACAUGGUCAGCGAGAUGCGAGCCGUGUGCGGCGGCGACGGCAGGGCGCCGAUGGAGAUGGGGUACUACCGGCAGGGCCGGGAGGUUGGGUUCGGCGCGCACUACUACGCGAAGCUUCUGGCGGGGCGCGGCAUCCUGCGCUCGGACCAGCAGCUCACGGCGGGGAGCACCGUGCGGUGGGUGCGCAUGUACGCGUCGGAGCGCGGCGAGGAGGCUUUCCGCGAGGACUUCGCGCACGCCAUGGUGAAGCUCUCCGCGCUUGCGCCGCUCACUGGGUCGGCCGGCCAGGUCCGCAUUACCUGCUCCAAGCCCGCUGUUUGAUUAUAUGGUCCAGCCCACUUCUCAGUCGGCCGGCCCUAUGGCUUGCAUUGGAUGGUGGGUAUUAAAGAGUCCACAUGAAAAAAAAAACGCAAUCUUGACUAACAGAGGCCUGUUACUAAUGAAAACUCUGGAAAAGGCCCAUGUAUUGAAAAGCCCACUACUUGAUCUAUAGUUCAGGAUUUUUCUUCCUAAUUGUUGUUGCAUAUGAAUGGUGGAAAUGUACUCAUUUUCUUCUUCUUAUGUGACAGUAUUUUAUCA